GGGGCCCGCGCGCCUCGGCCGCCGCCUAGCGCGUCGCUUCCGGUCCGGCCUGGUCCGGCCCGGCCCGGCCCGGCGCGGUCUGAGGCGGCCGCCGGUGCCGCGCUGAGGCGCGAUCCGCCCCGCUCGGCGGCAGGCGCGGAAUCCCGUCCGCCGCCGGUCCCGCCCCGCGGGGUCUGCCCCCUCCCCGCUGCUGCGUGUGCCCUCGGGAGGGUCCUUGGCAGGGCCGGAGGGGCCUGCAGCAGCGCCCCGAGCCCCGGCCGUCCCCGGCCUCGGCAGCGCGGGCGGUGAGGACGCUGCGCCCUCGGGCAUUCUCCUGCUAGAAAAAAUGUGCUUCAAAAACUACUGACCUCAGACUUUGCAGAGAUUUGCUUUACCAGAGCUGUGAUGGCCAGUCGCCAAGCAGAAGUUCAGAGUUUGAAGCUAGAUAAUGAUUCAGUUAUAGAAGGAGUAAGUGACCAGGUACUGGUGGCAGUUGUGCUCAGUUUCACUUUCAUUGCUGCUCUGGUAUAUACGCUUUUAAGAAAUGAACAUCAGAACAUACACCCAGAAAAUCAAGAGCUAGUGCGAGCUCUUCGUCAGCAGCUUCAAACUGAGCAGCAGGAUGGUUCUGCUGGUGAUAGACAUCACUUCUAUACAGAUAUGUCCUGUCCAGUCUGUUUGCAACAGGCUACAUUUCCUAUAGAAACAAACUGUGGACAUCUAUUCUGUGGUUCCUGCAUUAUUGCCUACUGGAGGUAUGGGUCGUGGCUGGGUGCCAUCCGUUGUCCAAUCUGCAGACAAACGGUAACUUUGUUUUUACCGCUCUUCGGUGAAGAUCAGCAGGAUGCAACCCAAGUACUUCAUGAUGUUAAUGAUUACAAUCGGAGAUUCUCAGGACAGCCCAGAUCUAUUAUGGAAAGAAUUAUGGAUCUGCCCACUUUAUUGCGGCAUGCUUUCAGGGAGAUGUUCUCUGUUGGUGGCCUCUUCUGGAUGUUUCGCAUCAGAAUAUUCCUCUGCUUGCUUGGAGCCUUGCUCUACCUGGCUUCACCUCUGGAUUUUCUUCCUGAAGCCCUGUUUGGAAUUCUGGGGUUCUUGGAUGAUUUCUUUGUAAUUUUUCUUCUGCUGAUAUAUAUCUCUAUCAUGUACCGAGAAGUGGUAACACAGCGGCUCAAUAGAUGAAAGGGAUGAAAAUGACCCAAACGCAGAGGCAGUUGUGGAAAGUUGUAAGAAGAGAACUAUAACAUAACUAUGAUGUAGCAAGGUGCCUGUGUACUGUUUCAGUAAUUACAAUUUCAUAGCUGGUCAUCAUAUAAAAAUACGAAGAGUCAGUAUGUGGUGAUGCUUAACUGGAAUUGUUGUGUAUUACAUACACUUCAGAAGGAUGAGGUUCGUUUUAUAAUGUAAUAAACUACCUUCAUCUACUUCCACCUGAUGAGCUACUGUAUGUAAUCAAAGCAGAAAACAUCUUUUUGGGUGUGUGGCUUGCAAAAAAGGAGUUCUAGAAAAGGACUUCUAACAAAACAUUCUUUGGGGUAAUCUAGACAUGUAUAAGGCAAUUCAGAAGUUCUUCACAGUGCAGUUACCACAGCUAAAUUGUUAAGUGUCUGUCUGUUGCGGCCCAGAGUGUUUUGUUUGGGUUUUUUUUUUAAGUAUUUUUGUGUGUCUCUGUGGAAGAAGAAACCCAAGGACUGCAUUACAAUUACCACCCUGCAGUUUGCUGUUGUCUACAUGCUUCACAAAAACGAAACAAACACCUCAGUACUUCUUGAACUGCACUGUGUACGGUUGCAUGCAAUUCGUACAAUUUUGUUUUUAUAAUUGAGAAUAUACACAGUAUCCUGCCUAGGUAGAGAAGCCGAUAGUAUGCACACCAGACUGGCUGGUGCUGUUUUUAAAUGGGGGUAUGGUUUUCCUCUUCAGGCUUGUUUGUUUGGUAGAUGUGUAUCUUGGAAGUGGGGAUCUUAUGCUGCUUUGGGUCAAUGCUGUGUAUCUGAAGUGAGUGUUUCCAUUCCUUUAGUUGCAGUAAAUAAGUUGCUUGAUGGAGAGAACCCACCAAUUUUAGAUAGUGGUUGAAGAAAAGAAGAUCAGAAUUGGGUGUUUACAGUGCAAUUUUCCUGAAUGUACAUUCUGCAAUACAAGUGCUAAAGAACUUCUUAGGGGCGUUUGAUUUUCAAGUUGGGGUUUUCUUGUUUUGUUGGUUGAUUGACCACCAAAAAAUCCUGGAAAUUUUUUCAAAAAUACCAGGGUAUUAAUUAUCUUUAAAGCUAAUUAUAUUUUCCAUGUUGAAUUUGAAUAUCUACAGAAGUAAUGUGAAAAUAUUUGCAUUUUAAGAAAUGAUCGCCGCUAGAAAAGGCAAGGAUAUUCUAGGUCUAUGUACUUACUAGCUAGAGGAAUUAUAAUUGCCUUUUUAUUUUCAAUUCUUAAGAACUUGAAAGACAGUGAUUAGACAGGUGAUUCUUUGUGUGUUUACUUAUAUGGCAUGAGACUUAAAAUGAAAGGGACCUUUUCACAACUUCUGUGUUUUGCCCAUUCAGGCAUCUUUCCACAGCUUCUAACACCCACAUGUGCAGGAAGACAACAGAGCUGACACCUGACGUGUCGGUGUUUGGAGUUGGAGAUUGUUCUUCAGUGUCAAGUGUUCUAAAUGGCAUUAAUUUAAAAGUAUAUUCAUGAUUCUUAAUUUGAAACUUUGCUUUUGGAAAUCUGAAGACAUUUUACAAAUUAACUGGAAAGCUAAUUUUUUUCUUGUUGCUUGUUUGUUAAAGAUGUGCAAGAGGAGAAACAGGAAGUGAAACAAGAGUGGGAGGAGGAAAGCAAGACAGGAGAUUACAUUUUUGGAAGUAAAUGCUACUGGUUUUGGCAAACUAGCUGUUCUUGAGCAUCUUAGUUGAGCUUUUUCCCUUUGCAUUGGCAUCGCUAAUGUGUGAGGAUGGUUUAGUGGCUACCUCAGUUAAAAGUCUAAGGUAUUACUGAGUAAGUGUGCGAUAUUAAUAAACUGUUAGGUACAUUUACAAAGCAAGAGAUUAGUUUAGGAUGUUAGGUAAAACACAAUUUUGCUGUAAGCCUUGUUCUGGCUUUGUUUUUCCCCCCAAGUGAUCCAGCUGAGAGCAAACUGCAAAAAAGUCCUUUCACUUUAGUAAAUAUUAACACUUCUUUUUCUCCUAGAGUUAACUUGUGGGUCUGCUUAGACAAAGAGUGUGAAGUGCUCUAGUAGAAAAACUGGAGUUUGUUCACACAAUCUGUUGAGCUAAUACCUCCUGUGUAUGUUUAUCUGUGAUCCUGCUUGUGCUUUUUCCCAUUACUCUAAACCCAGAAGGGUUAUAGAUACACAUGAAGCUCCUUGCUCAUUUAUUUUCACUGAGCUCCCCAGUUCCACAUGCUACUGUGAAGUUCAUGCAGAAGUAUCCAUCUAAGUGAUCUACUCUUGAAGAACAGACCUUCUUAUGUACCUGAAAUAAUUUACAAGCCACACCUUUGUAGCUAUAUAAAGUUUACCUAUGUUCUGUUUAUUUCUUCACUACAUAUCUGCUAGCCAGAGAGGUUUCACUCAGAGGCUUCUGCUUUCUUUUGAAUAUUGAGUAACAUUGUAAGCUUAAAUUCAACACAUGAAAUGCCUGACAGAGUUAGGGCUCCUUUCUUUUCACCAAUAUGCAUGCAUGCUUGUGGAGACUAUUUUUUGGUCCUGCAAGCCACUGAUGAACAGUAUUAUGACUGGCUCAGGCCUUUUUGUGAACUGUAAUGUGAAGAUGUAUUUGUCUUGCAGUGUCUGGCUGUUGCUCCUUCACACAAAUCUGAACUAGCUGUAAGUCAGCUAUCUAGGGUACUUAGCUUGAGCUGAACUUAAGGUCUAGAGCUCCCAGGAAGCUGGAGAUUGACACGAGUGUGUAGUGUUCCUAAUCUGUGUGCUGCCAAGUUGUUCUGGCAGCAGUUUUAAAGGUAUGUGCUAGAGCUGAGCACUGGCUUCAGAAUGUGAAGGAAAUAACAUGACUCUUUGUUGAGAGUGACUGCAGACAUCAUGGAGGUUUUGCCUCCUGGAAUGGGGUAGCCAUGCCACUGAGGGGAAAAAAGAAAGGAAAACUUUAGCAGUGAAGAAGAGAUACAGGGAAAAAAAGUACAAUUCUUAAAAUAUUCUUAUGGCUUCACCAAAAACUGUGUGAAAUACUUGAUUGUUCUGGCAAUAUUAACAAAGGGGAAAACUAAAGUUAUACCUAAUAGCUCUUACAGAAUAACUCGCAGCAUCUUGAGGCCUGAUGAUCAUCCUUAUGACAAGUGCUGUGUGGAGCGAUCUGUUCUUCUGUUUGUUUCCCACACCACUGAUGUCUCGGAGGAGGAGGAGGCAUAAUGGUGUGGUUUGGGGAUACAAUUUUGCUGUAAGUUUCAUAGAACUGUAGUAGUGACCUGUGUGUUAUACUAGAUUUUUAAGACAAAAGUAUUCAAAACUACUUGUUAUUACUUCUAAUGAUAAUAAAUUGCUAUUAAAGUAA